CAGCUUGGCCAUUGUCAUCGUCACCAAUGACUAGGCCAGUUUCAAAGGCAGAGACAACUUUGUGGACAUGGCCUCUCGUGGCACGCCGAGAGUUUGGGGCUCAUUUCCGCAACUCAAACCGGCGGCCUUAUCCUCCGAAAGAGAGGUUUGAGAACCUGAACUAUCUUAUCCAUCUUCUGUUGCAAUCUCACCCAAUCUCGCAGCAGCUUCUUCAUAAAUCACACCAACGGGGGCUGUCUCCUUCUUUAUCUUCAAGUUUCCUCCCAAACUUACCUCUUGUGCCGAGAGGGAGGCUUUCUUACCUCUUCCUUUGGCACCCUUACUCUUCGAAUGAGCUGUACCCCCUUUCUUCUUUGAGCAACAACCACCUUGGGUUGGGCCAGGAGGCGGGCAGCGCCAUCACCAGUCCCUUCUCCACUCCCCACAUGAGCCUCACGUCGAAGCAUGGGAGAGGUCGCAGCAGCCCGGUCUUCAGCGAGCUCCUACUCAGUACCAUGGAACACAAAAUCAUCAUCAGAAUCUUCUUCAAGAAUCAUACGCCGGCUUCGAGCAGCUUCAUGAGGGCCAUGCAUGGCCACCGGGGAGGCAGGAUCUUCUUAUGGCAGUGGGGAGAACUCAGAAGCAACGUCAUGUUGAGUCCCAGUUCUAGAGUGACGCAGCACCCGACGGUCUCCAGGAAGCGAAUCCUCUUUUGGCAGCUGACGAUCACCAUAACCAUGCAUCACCCGACGUGCUCCAGCCUCCAUGCCCAGCAUGGAGUCUCGGGGACUUUGAAACAUUGAACACCAGGGGGCUACCUCGACGGGGCAUUGAGUUGGAGCUACCCGUCCUCUGGUUCGUUCUCCCCACGCCAUGCAACCUAGGAGAUGGGUUCUCCCUCUGCAUGGGUUGGUGUCUCGCACACUCCACGUGCUCCCAAGCAAGAGCAUGUCCAUGUUCGGGUCUCCCAGAGCCGGUUUGAUAAUCAUGAAUCGCCCUGUUCACCCACACCAUAUUGCGCAUCUCUACAAAAGGUCGGUUGGUAUCAUCUUCCUCAUAAAUUUGAUGACCUAGC